AUAACCUCAACCAACAGCGCACUGAAGAUGUCUCCUCGAACGGUGACGAAAAGUUUGCAAAUCAAUUGCCAAGCUCGGCGGACAGAUCAACAGCCACCUGAUCAAUUACCAACCAAUACACCCGAGCUACCAAUAUUCCAAAACAUUACCAACCGUUUAUUCGUUUGCCACCUCACUGGCCUAACUUUCUACGCAAUGUUCCUCUUUACCACAGCUCCGUCUACCCAUCUUUUCGGACACGCGGUUUUACCGUUACCAACUUACGGUGAGACCCCCACGAAGUCGCAGCACGUUCUGCUUAUCGAUUGCCACGCCGGUGAGCCCGGUGAUAGGUGGAUGCCUCGGACAAAGAUGCUGGGUGAUGUGCGCGCCAAGUUCAUGUUGAUUUUGCAUGCAGAUCUGUUCGCAUCAUCGCGCACUGUGGAUUGUCAGGACGAUCGUGGUCGCCUUCAAGCUACUCGUGCUCACCCGUUGGAAGGGGCUCCUCAUUUCGUCUCAUCCCCGUCGCCAAUUAACCCCUUGUGUCAACAGUCAUCCACACAGGGUGUGAAAAGAUGGCAGAGUGAGAGGAAGAUGCCGGUAAACGAUUCCGCCCCACCAGUGGCUCAGUGCACCGCUUUGUCCACAGAACAGUUGGCGCAGUUUAUGUCUGCACCCACGGAACUAUGGCCGUUGGACGGAAGCAACGGCGUUGGCUUGGAGCAACAGCCAUCAACUCAAAGGAGUCGAAGUCGCUCCUUCGGAGACCAAAUCAAAGGCAGCCGACUGACAUCGAACCUGUCCAAUGAGGCAGGGAUACGAUCAUCGGAACACGUCGCUUCACAACUCUCAGCCUCACGACAGAGCCCCCAAUCCCCAGCUAGACCUCCGUUGAAUAAUCUCACCUCUUCGCUCAUGGGUGCGAGCACUUCGAGCGAUCCGUCCCAGAGUAGUCUUUUCCAAGUCGGGGAUUCCAGCACUCCCUUGAAGGCAUCCGGCAAGCACAGGUGGUUCUCUCUGGGACUGUUUCGUAGCAACAGAGGUCACCGGCCGAAAGCUUCUCGGUCGGAAGAUUUUGAGCAUUUGAAGCUUGAGGACUCAGCAGAAAAACUGACCAGACAUGUAGAACGGGCCGAGUUUCGAUCAACCUCUCACGACCGCUCCAAACUGCGGCGCUUUCUUAGCCGACGCAGCUCUAGAAAUAAACACCAUCCAGGCGCCUCUUCGGUUGAACCAGACUCACUGCUCAGUGCUCCAUGAGGAUUUCGAACGCCCUUACCAUGUUCCAUCGCCCAACGCGCUAUUUUUCCGCUGUUAUUUUGCUCUUUUCUCUCUACUUUCGAAUCAUCCCUUCAUGUUUGCCGUUUUUUGGUUCUUUUGUACGCGCAUUCCGUUCACACCCUUGUCACCUCCCCCCGAACAGAUGUAUCAUGUUGAUGGUUUCGAAUUGCAUCACUG